GCAGAGAUAUGUCAGGCAGCGUGCUGUGUUUUUGAGUGUGGUAAGUAUUCUGUCUCUGAUUUAGUUUUAAUCUUUGUGAGAUGGAAAAGGCGGGAUUGUAAGUAAUGUCAAAGUUAAACCUAAUUUUAAUUUUAGGAUGACGUCGUUGCAUGAUCAAAACGAAGGAAUCGAACAACAAAACGAGAAAUAUGGUUGUUCCAGUGGUGUAGUACCAGUUGUUGCACCAAGUUCUGUCAAAUAUGUGAUUGGCGGAGUGACUGUACAUUUUCCUGUUAGAGCAUAUCCAUCGCAGGUUGCAAUAAUGGAUAAAGUUAUACGCGGAAUAACGCACGCACGCAAUUGCUUAUUGGAGAGCCCGACAGGUACAGGAAAGACGUUGGCCUUGCUCUGUUCCUCCCUUGCGUGGCAACGAAAAGAAGAAGAACGCGUCGCUGAAUUAAAAAUACAAGUUGAGACUUCUUCUGACAUGGAAUGUAUGCAGGUAAAUUGUGUUCCUAAUCCCGAUCGUUAUACUUUCAUGGAAGAUGAUUACGACUUCCGCGAACGUGACUGCGAUGAUUUUGAUGAUGAUUUUGAAUGCCCACCACACAAAACUCGUACCAUACACACGGGGCGUAAGAAGCCGGGGCUGAAUAGUCGAAAUGAUCCGGCUAUUAAAAAUGGUGGCGAGGGUUCGAAGCAGACUGCUGACAAGGAAUCCAUCUGCUUUUCAAAUGUUGUGAUACCUAGGGUCCCGCGAAUAUACUAUGCGACAAGAACACACAAACAAAUUGAGCAAGUAGUCAGAGAGUUGAAGAAGACAGAGUACAAGAAUGCUAAAAUGACUAUACUUUCAAGUAGAGAACACAGUUGCAUACGUGACAAUGUGAAAGGUUACCACAGUAAAACUGAACUGUGUCGUGAACUUCUGGACCCAAUAAAUGGGCCUGGAUGUUAUUUCCACACAAAUGUUAAGAACUUAGCAUGUCACGCCUCCCUUGAAUCUGUUGGUUUCGAAACUCCAUGGGACAUAGAAGAUUUGGUGAAGCUGGGGCGCAGCAAAAAGACUUGUCCGUACUUUGUUGCACGUUCCUUGAUGAGCUCUGCAAAGCUUAUUUUUUGUCCUUACAAUUACUUGAUUGAUCCCCUUAUUCGGGAAAGUAUGCAGCUUGAUGUUCGUGGUGAAGUUAUCAUUCUUGACGAAGCUCACAACAUAGAGGAUUCUUCCCGUGAUGCUGCUAGCUUUUCCGUAGUGCAAGAUGACUUGCAGUUGGCCAUCAAUGACAUCAAGUCAGUCAUGCUUGCUGGGACCUUGCCAACUGUUCAUCAGCACAUGGGAGAGUUUCUUGAACAACUUUCAGAGUUCAUUAACUCUCAAAAAGAUUCAGUUGUUUUUUCUGACUACGACGAAGGACACUGCGCACUGACCGGAACUAUGGCAAUCGGGCACUUAAGUUUGUUAAAUGUAGGUCCUAAAGAAUAUCCCGCUUUUAAAAAUGCAGUUGGCGCAUGUGUUGCCGAAUUGAAAAAUCCAGAAAUCGACAAAAGCGGGAAACCUGUUAAUCAUCAUGUUAUCAGUGCCGCCACACGUUGUAUUUUAGAGGGCCUUGUUUUGAUAUUUGAUUUUUUAUAUGACGACUCUUUAAGGUAUUGUGAUGAUUACAGAGUGGUAAUUAUGAAAUCUAUGAGUAGAAACUCUAGCGGCUUCCAGAACAAGAAGAAGAUGCACAGCUCCGAGUGGAAGUACACUCUUCACUUCUGGUGCCAGAACCCGGCGGUGGUGUUUCACGAGCUGCAGGCGUCCGCACGCAGCAUCAUCCUGACCUCGGGCACGCUGGCCCCGGUGGACUCGUUCCAGUCGGAGCUCGGGACCACGUUCCACAUCCAGCUGCAGACCACGCACGUCAUCCCCACGUCCCAGCUGUGGGUGGGCAGCGUGCCGUGCGGCCCGCGGGGCAACGACCUGUGCGCCACGUACGGCAACACGCAGACCCACGGCUUCCAAGAUGAGCUGGGGUCCCUGGUCUUGUCCGUGUGCAGGAAGGUCCCCUUCGGAGUGGUGUGCUUCCUGCCGUCGUACAGGCUGCUGGACAAGCUGGCGGAGAGGUGGCAGGCCACGGGCCUGUGGUGCGACCUGGAGAGCGUCAAGACCGUGCUCACGGAGCCGAGACGGUCCGACGAGUUGGACGCGGUGAUGAGAGACUUCCAUCAGAGCAUCAGGGACCACGAGGCCGCAGGUCGAGACGGGGACGGCUUGCAGACGGGGUCGCUCUUGUUCGCGGUUUUCCGGGGCAAGGUCAGCGAGGGCUUCGACUUUGCCGACAACUACGCGAGGGCAAUCGUGGCCGUCGGCAUCCCCUUCCUCAAUUCUAAAAACAUCCAAGUGAACCUGAAGAAGGCCCACAACAGCCAGAACUGGUCGAAGAGAGGCCUUCUGGACGGCAACAAGUGGUACCAGAUACAAGCCUACAGGGCCCUGAACCAGGCGCUGGGGCGGUGCAUCCGGCACAGGAACGACUGGGGGGCCAUCCUGCUCGUGGACUCCCGCUUCAGGGGGAAUCUUUCUCACGUCGGUCAGCUGUCAAAGUGGUUGAAGAACUACAUGCAACAGUAUCCAGACUGGUUAUCAAUGUACCAGAGUUUGAGUGAUUUCAUGAUCCACCGUUCAGCUGCUAAGCUUGAAAAUGUUGUAAUAUAAUAUGUAAAAACUUAUCAUGGAUAACAAAUGUGUGUGGAUUUUGUACAUGACAGUCAUAUAUUAGUGGUGCUGUAUUGUAUAGGUCCUAUAACAUGAACUACUGAAGCUAUCAUUGUAGAACUUUUUCAUAAAUAAUGUAUGUAUGAUAACAGUGUUGAAAAUGUGAAUGUUAUUUUGAAUAUUUAUAGAUAAAUGGUAUAUUGAUUUAGCUAUUUCGUGAUUUUAUAUAAUUUGCAAGAAAGUUACAAUUUAUUGAGGAAAGUAGGGUAAAUUAUUUAUUUUUAUUUCAAAUUCUAAAUUGAACGCUUGCCGAAGUUUCCGAAUACAGAGCAAGACAAAAAAUAAUGAUUCUAACAUUUCUACAGCAAGAUUACAUUUUGUGAACUGCAAAUUACAAAGUUUCGAAAUGCCCUCUGUUUUGUAAAUGUUUUUAUAUUAUGAUUAUAUUUGUAUUAUCAUUGUGUUUGUCAAGCAUUUGCUUUUUGAUAAGGUUUUUCAGAGUGGGGAAAGAAUGGAAAGUAUUUUGGUAAUUAGGUUCCCUUUGAUUCAUCUAUAAGUGUGAUGUAAAAAUGGGUCCCAUUCUUAAGGCCUAUUAUAUUGUAUGUGGCUUUUUUUUCCUUAAGGUAUUUGUAAUGUAGUUCAAUUUUCUAAAUCUUCGAACUCACAAAUUCUUGAUAUUCAUAACUCUUUUCAAGAUCAAUUUUAUAAGCAUGUAGGAUAAAUUACUGUAAAUCCUUUAGAAAAUAACAAAGCCACUGUUAUAAUCUCGAAACACUUUGUGUAAGUAUUUCUGAGUCUGGAAAAUUAGGUAUGAAUUUGAUUUGCGUGACCCAUGGCUUUAAAGUGAGAAUGAAAAUUCCGUAUUUGUAUCAAUUACUUUAAGCACAAGAGAGAGACCUUAGAUGCAACCCAGCGCCGAAAUCCGAGACAGUAUUAGGCCUGUGUAAAGCUUCGACUAAGUGAAUCAAUUUAAGUUCUUUUUAAUGUUAAAUUUGACUUCUCCAGGAAGUUUUCUAUUUGUUUUAUUUGAAGUUUCUCACUUGUUGCAAAGCUUUAAAACAUUGAAAGCCUAAGAAUCACUCAUGAAAAUAUUUAGUUAUUUUUUGGGUUGUAUAUGUUUUGCUUGAAUAAAUUUAGUUAUUAAAAAAAUCAAAA